AUGAAGUGGGCGUCGGGAGUGUUUGCCAUCGCAUGGAUGAUGCGAAUGAGAGCCAUCAAAAACCGGGAGCGGCUUCGUGAGACAAGAGCUGAUAAUCUAGAAGUUUAUAAAAGUAAAAUCAAGAUUUUGAAAUCUACGUGGAAACGGAUAAAAAAUUCUCGGCGUGUCGUUGUACAUAUCCCGUCUUUAGGUUACACUGAAGACAUCCGCGCACAAAUGUAUAAUUUCCAUGUUGAACAAAAUAAUCAGAUUGCAAGGAUCUGUAGUAUUUCAGACCCCAACGUCGAUGUGAUUUACGUAUCUCCAAUCACUGUGACCGAUGAAGCGAAGCAGUACUACCAGAAGUUGCUUUCUCUCAAGAAAGCCAUUGACAGCGGGAAUAUGAACGACAUUACGGACAUGAACACGCGAAUUACAUUCGUUGUUCCUGAAGUUAUUUCCCAUUUUGGUGUAAGUACUACUACUAUACCUCAUAAAAAGAACUUGUGUCUAUCAUCAAUGCUCAGAUAUAGUCCCAAUGCCCUGCAGCGUAUCCAACGAUUAAUCAAAGGCAGAGAUGCUUACAUUGUUCCUGGAAUGGUACAUGUUGAUGAUCUGGAAGUUGCACGAAUUUUAGACAUCCCAAUUCUGGGAUCGGAACCCCAAGUGGCUCAGCUCUACUCCACAAAAUCUGGUGCCAAAAGAAUAUUCGAAAAUGCCGGAGUUAGUAUGCCCCCAGGGGACUACGAUAUCUACAGUAGUGACCAGAUGCACGAAACAAUUUCCCAGUUGAUAAUAAAUAACCUGGAUAUAAAACGAUGGUUGUUUAAAUUUAAUAGUAGUGUGUCUUCAAAUGGGAUUGCCUACUGCGACAUCACAAAGCAUUUGACUUGCUACUCACAUGUGAUGAAAGAAAAAGCUCGUUAUGGCAAAGAAUGGUGUCAUAAAUGGGCACACGAAUCAUCGUUCCAUCAGGUGUUCUCUGAGAUUCCGAGAAUUCUCCGGCAACACGCCUGUCCACUCAACAGAAUUCUUUAUCCCAACUGGGAAUCAUUUAAAGUUGCAUUUCUGAAUGAAGGUGGAAUAAUCGAGGCAUAUCCCCGGGCAGAAAGUGUGACUGUCUUACAAGCCGAUAUGAUGAUUGAACCGGAUGGACACACGCAACUUUUAUGCAUCGGAGAUCAAAUUUCUGAGAGCUCGGCAUUUAAGCCCUGGGGCAUUUCAGUUCCACAGUCUUCCAUCGAUUCCGACUAUGUAAAUUCAGUCUGCCAGAAGGUGGCUGCGUCCUGCCAGUCUCGAAAUAUUAUUGGUCACUUGUCUUUGACCAUGGUGACAUUUAUAAGCGAAGAAACGGUAAGGUCAUUCGUAUCUUUUCUCCAAUCGAUAGGAAAUCACGUAAUAAUCAUUAAGGAACGAUAA